CUCUCUCUCUCUCUCUGUUCGGCUGUUCUUGUUUGGUCUCUUGAAACGGCUAGUCCCAGUAUCAAGCAGCAGCUGCGAAGCACUUUACUUUCCGCAGGUUCGAUUCUCUUCCAAGAACCCGGAAGGGAAAAAAAAAAAUCUGCAAACUCCAUUGAAGAACUACCGGGGAUUAAAGGAGAAGCGAGAAAAGGCGCGAAAUUGAGCCCGGGAUGGACGACGACGACUGGGAUUUGAGCGCUGAAGACUUCGAUUCGCUCGAACGGAGCGCUCUCCAGCAGCUCUCCCGCUCUCGCGAUUCCGCCCGGAACCAGCCGCAGUCUCCCGUUUCCACUCCGAGCAACCACGACUGGAACAGCUCCCGGGUCGUCCCCGAUUCUCGACCCAACAAGGGUGAAGAUUUUCCGGCCACGUCUAGAGCAUGUGCUGAUGAACCUGGGAAAAAGCUGCUGAAGUCGUCUGUUAAGUUUUAUCUUCAUUCCAGUGGAAAUGUUGCUGCAAAGUUCCCAUAUGACCAGGUUAUUGUUGCUGCUUUCCGCAAGAUCCCUAAUGCCAGUUGGAAUGCAAAAGAAAGAAUUUGGAUGUUCCCACUGUCUUCUUUGCCAUCAGCUGAAAAAGUUCUUGCUGAAGAACGAUGCUCUAGAAUUGAGAUAGUGAACUUGGAUCCCUUGGUAUGCCGAGCUAUUGCUGCUGCAGCUGCUCUCCCGGAUCUACAAGAACAAUAUGGCAGUAUGCCCAGUGUUAUUGAAUCUAAGCUUCUUCCAUUUCAGCGGGAUGGUGUUCGGUUUGUCUUGCAGCAUGGAAUUCGCGUACUAAUAGCCGAUGAAAUGGGACUGGGAAAGACUUUACAGGCUAUCGCUGUUGCUGCAUGCGUUCGUGAUUCAUGGCCUGUUCUUGUGCUCACACCAUCUUCAUUGCGUUUGCAUUGGGCUACAAUGAUUCAGCAAUGGCUAAAUAUUCCUUCGUCAGACAUACUUGUUCUUUUAUCUCAAUGUGGUGGAUCAAACAGAAGUGGAUUCAGGAUAGUGUCCUCAAACACCAAGAGCAGUGUACAUCUUGAUGGCCUUUUUAACAUAAUUUCUUAUGAUGUUGUCCCAAAGCUACAGAAUUUGCUAAUGUCAUCAGAUUUCAAGCUUGUGAUUGCAGAUGAAUCACAUUUCCUGAAAAAUGCACAAGCUAAGAGGACAACUGCUUCCCUUCCUGUCAUAAAGAAAGCGCAAUAUGCAAUUUUGCUUAGUGGAACCCCUGCCUUGUCUAGACCAAUUGAGCUUCACAAACAGCUUGAAGCCCUCUAUCCAGAUGUUUACAAAAAUGUUCAUGAAUACGGUCAAAGAUAUUGCAAGGGCGGAAUUUUUGGUGUUUAUCAAGGCACCAGCAACCAUGAAGAAUUGCACCAUCUGAUGAAGGCAACAGUUAUGAUCCGAAGGCUUAAAAAGGAAGUCCUUUCUGAGCUCCCAGUUAAACGCAGGCAACAGGUUUUCCUUAAUUUGGCUGAUAAGGACAUGAAAAAGAUCAAUGCUUUGUUCUGUGAGUUAAAGGUGAUAAAAGAAAGAAUCAAGGCCUGCACAUCAAAAGAAGAUGCUGAGUCGCUCAAAUUUUCUGAGAAGAACCUGAUUAGCAAGAUAUACACUGAUUCUGCUGAAGCCAAAAUCCCAGCAGUUUUAGACUACUUAGAAACGGUUGUUGAGGCAGGCUGCAAGUUUCUCAUUUUUGCGCAUCACCAGCCAAUGAUCGACGCAAUACAUGAAUUUCUUCUUAAGAAGAAGAAGGUUGGUUGCAUACGAAUUGAUGGCAGUACACCUGCAGUGGCAAGGCAAGCUUUGGUUACUGAUUUCCAAGGGAAAGAUGCAAUAAGGGCAGCAGUACUAUCAAUCAGAGCUGGAGGUGUUGGUCUGACCUUAACAGCUGCAAGCACUGUUAUAUUUGCAGAGCUAUCGUGGACGCCGGGUGAUCUAAUUCAAGCUGAAGAUCGUGCUCACAGGAUUGGUCAGGUGUCUUCAGUCAAUAUAUAUUACCUGCUGGCAAAUGACACUGUUGAUGACAUAAUAUGGGACGUUGUCCAGAGCAAGCUGGAAAAUUUGGGUCAGGUGCUUGAUGGCCAUGGAAAGACAUUGGAAGUCUCAGCUAGCCACCCAACUAGCAACAGCCCUGCAAAGCAGAUAACAUUUAAUAGCCCUGGCAAGCAGAAAACACUUGACUCGUUCGUGAAGCGUUGCAACAAUGGUGACCCCUCUGACCUUCAGCGCAAGCUGAAAUUUCCCAGGCAUUGAAUGCUAAUGCCCCCUUAAAGCUAUAACCAUGCUUAGCCUCGACAACCUGUUCAUUGAAGACGAAAAUAGCUGAUGUACUAGCAUAUGGAAGGGUUUAGAUGCAUGAGAGGGAAUUAUGGAAUGAACUGUACUAUGCUUGUACAUCAGAGGUGACCAUAGCUGCUUCAAUAGGAUGAAUGAGUGAAUGCUAAACAAAGUGUUAUAGGGAGGUGUCCUUGGAGCAUACAAGGCAUCACGCCUUUGAUUUGUGACGUAAGAAGAAUGCUCGACAGGUUCAGUCAUGAACUGGUGCAGGAAUCACGGAAGAUAGAUCUGAAGCCUCAGGGUCGGUACCAUACAAUCUCCUAUCCCUUCCGUGUUGGUCGUUAAAACGAAGUUCCAUGGAAGGGUUCAUUUUGGCCAGUUAAAGAACAUUGUAGGAGAACAAGAGACAGACGCUCAAAAUUCAGUGGUACCGAACAGAGACACGUAAUAGCAAAUAAGAUCGGGCUAGCACAUCAUAACAUGAGUGACCUGUCGCUGAGUCAUAUGGUGGAGCAUAAUACAGAAAAAGUUUGCAGAUGUUUCAUUCGGAGCUGCUGGUGUCAAGAGUCUUCUAAGCUGGCUGUUUUCGAUCUCAACCUUUCUGUGAAGGAGUGAGUCAUCAAGAGGAAGAUUGGAUACAAAUUCUUCUGGGUAUUUGCUGCCGGAAGUGGCAGCUGCCCUUCCAAAUGUCAAGUUCUAGGAGCAUGAGGUCAGCUGGCCAAGAUCUUUUUGUGUUGGCCUUCUCUAGCAAAUUGAUGCUGUUCUGAUCUACCUGUACUCCUGCAUGUCGGGCAGUUACACGAAAGCUUUUAGCUUCCAUUGGGAUUGUUGUCGGGCGACAAAGAAUUGGUAUUAAGAUUUCCUACAGAUUGUGUA